AAGAAAAGGGAAAAUUAAAAGCUGUCAUUUAGAUUUCCUUUCUCUUCCCUUCACUUCUUUCCCUUAAACCAAAACACAUGAAAAUAAAAUCUAUUUCUCUUCCUUCUUUUCCAUUCCUUUCUUUUCUCUUCCUUUCCUUUACUAAUAAUGAACCAAAUAGAGCCUUAAUGAAUAAUGAUACGGGAAAGCAAACCAUCCCACCUCUUGAAAAUAGGCGCCAAAUAGUUCAAUAAAUUUUCUCAAUCUGACAGGGAAAGAUAAAAGAGAGAGAGGAUCCAAUUUGUGGGUGUUUCCAUUACUUUGAAGCUUACUCAUGGACUUUGAUUUUCGUUAUUAUGCACAGAUUUUACAAUCGUACAAUACCCAUAAUUCCAUCAAUCAAGUUAAGCAAAUUCAUCUGCUAUUCCUAAGAAAGGGCAUCCUUAAUUCGGUUUUGAGCAUAGGAAAUCGCCUUCUUCAGGUAUAUUCAAAAUGUGGUACCAUGAGGGAUGCAGUUAAGAUGUUCGACGAAAUGCCCCAAAGAAACUGCUUCACCUGGAAUACCCUAAUUGAGGGAUUUAUGAAAUCUGGGAACGUUAAUAAAUCGUUAGAGGUUUUCAAUUCUAUGCCUUAUAAGGAUGAUUUUUCAUGGAAUGUUGUUAUUUCAGGAUGUGUGAAAUUGGGUGAAUUGAGUUUAGCUAGGAUGGUGUUUGAUGAGAUGCCUAGGAAGAAUGCUAUUGCUUGGAAUUCUAUGCUUCAUGGGUAUGCUCGUCGUGGGUGUUCCAGAGAAGCUUUGAGGUUGUUUAAAGAUUUGAAUUUUGAUGCUGUUGAGUCAGGGAAGAGGGACCCUUUUGUUUUGACAACAAUGGUUGGUGCUUGUACUGAUGUGAUGGCUCUUGGUUGUGGGAAGCAAAUUCAUGCUAGGAUAAUUGUUGAUGGGGUGGAGUUUGAUCCAUUUUUAGGAAGCUCUAUUGUUAAUUUGUAUAGCAAGUGUGGUGAUUUAGACAAUGCAAAACAGGUCUUUAAGCUGACAAAAGAAGCUGAUGACUUUUCACUUUCUGCAUUGAUCAAGGGAUAUGCCAAUGUAGGUAAAAUGGCUGAUGCUAGAAGAAUUUUUGAUAGUAUAACUAAUCCAUGCGUAGUUGUUUGGAAUUCGUUGAUUUCUGGGUAUGUUGCUAAUUAUCAACCUUUAGAGGCCCUGGUUUUAUUCAACAUGAUGAGGGAUAAAGGUUUUAAGCCUGAUUUCUCUACAUUUGCUAGCAUUUUGAAUGCCUGCUCAAGUAUUGUUGCUCAUGAAUAUGGAAAACAAUUACAUAACCAUGCUUGCAAAGUUGGGGUUUCAAUGGACGUUGUUGUUGCUUGUUCUCUUAUUGAUAUGUAUUCCAAAUGCGGAAAUCCAAAUGAUGCCUGUAAGUUCUUUGACGAGCUUGAGCUUCAUGACAUUGUUCUUCUUAAUUCUAUGAUCAGUGUCUACUGUAACUGCGGAAGAGUGCAAGAAGCCAAGCAGAUCUUUGACAAGAUGCAUGAUAAAACUUUGAUCUCGUGGAAUUCGAUGUUAUCAGGUUUUAGUCAAAAUAGCUGUCCCCUUUCAGCCUUAGAUCUUUUCUGUGAGAUGAAUACGUUGGGAAUUCGAAUGGACGAAUUUAGCCUUGCAAGUGUUAUCAGCUCCUGCGCCAGCAUCACUUCACUUAAAUUUGGUGAGCAGGUUUUUGCAAGAGUUACUGUUCUUGGCCUAGAAGCUGACUUAAUUGUUUGCACCUCCCUAAUUGAUUUCUAUUGUAAGUGUGGUUUCAUUAACUUGGGUCGGAAAUUAUUUGAUGAAAUGGUUAAAUCUGAUGAAGUUUCUUGGAAUUCAAUGUUAACGGGCUAUGCUACGAAUGGUCAAGGAUUGAAGGUUUUGGAAUUGUUUGCUGCCAUGAAACAUGCUGGAGUUCAGCCAAAUGAUGUUACUUUUACUGUAAUUCUGUCUGCUUGUAGUCAUUGUGGACUGAUUGAAGAGGCCAGAAAGUGGUUUUAUUUGAUGAAAUCUGAUUAUUACAUAGAACCAGGAUAUGAGCACUACUCAUGCAUGAUUGAUCUCUUAGCUCGAGGUGGUUGCCUUGAAGAAGCAACAACCUUAGUUAAGCAAAUGCCAUUUAAGACAGAUGCAAGUUUGUUGUCUUCAGUACUGAGAGGGUGUGUGGCCCAUGGAAAUAAGAAUCUGGGUAAGGAGGUUGCAGAGAUGAUGAUUCAACUUGAUCCUGAAAACUCAGGUGCUUAUGUGCAAUUGUCUGGAAUAUUUGCUACUUCGGGUGACUGGGAAGGAUCAAUGCAAGUUAGAGAUAUGAUGAGAAAUAAUUGCACAGAAAGUAUUCCUGGUAUUAGCUGGUGAUGUGCCUCAAAGUCAUAAGUUUCAUCAUCCGCCUCUUUUUGCCCCUUGAUUGGAGAUUCAUUGACUAGUUUCACGGCAUCAGGACUCAGGAGUCAGCUCCUUGGAAGAAUGCACUGCCAAACGAAACAGACUACGUUUCUUGUAAAGGGAAUUCAGAAGUUGGUUUUGGUGAGACGAGAUCAAGAUUAGAGAAAGUGAUGCGGCAUCCAGUUGGUUGUCAUAGUGCAUUUCAUUGUUGCUUGGUGAAGAUAAGCAUAUUAGAAUGGUUUGAAUAUAGUAAUUGCUUCCCGCAGUUUGGGAGAAAUAUUUCAGUAAAUAAAUUUGAGGAAGUUCUGCUUGGAUAGUUUGUGGUUUCUCUAAAACUUAAAGACACUACUUGGUGGACCUAUAACAGCAAACUCAGCUGAGGUAACUCUUAUUCUUAUUGCCAAUGAACUUAAGAAGAAGAAGAUGCAUUUUUUGAUUUCACAAAUGGUGGUCUAGUGUUCUAGUUGGAAAGUAAUGUUUACCGUGAUCACCAUAUAGUUUCCUGUGACUAUUCAAUUGAAAGUUUAUCUUUUUCUUUUCUAUAUUUUUAAAUAAUGAAUAGGCUUUCAUUUGGUCUUGCUGAUCGUAUCCAAAGAAGAUUUGUGGCUAAUUCUGAAAGAAUUUCAGGCUUAUUUUAAACGAAUACAGUCUCUUUUUUCUUUUCCGAAAGAGUUAGACUUGUUCUAUACAAAUAUAGCCCCCAAUCAACAAGAUAAGGAAAUUUAACAUUUAAGAAAUUGUAAAUGUUGUGGUUGAUAAUGAUAGUAUAGUUGACGAUAGUUAUAAUAAGUGGGAAUGAAUGAACUUAUGCCACACAUUUGACAACACAUUGUUUGUCAUAAGUCAAUUCUACUGUUGUGCUAGUAAUAAUAUUAUCGAAGUGACUGUGUUAAUUGGUAACACAAAGAUUAUAGUAUUAGGCAAUUAGCAAUCAUGGCCACUCAGGCACCACCCCAAACGAUGAAAAUUAUUUCUUGAAUAUCCUGAUAAUUUUUUUAUCUUCUACAAAAUCUAUGUGACACAUGACACUCUCCUCUUGUGCAAAACUCCAUUUCCAUGUUAGCCCCUCAAUUAAAUUAAAUAAAAAUUUCUAAUAGGAAUCAUUGAAAUAUAAAGUACGAACUUCAUUACUUAACCACCAUCUAAUAUACUUCGUAAUAUCAUUGUUUAAUAUUUCAAAAUAAAAGACAAUAAAGUAUUAUAAGUAUCUCUUUAAAUUCACCUUGUGACUCACUAGUUAGACCUAAUGUGUCUUAUGUUGUCGAUUAAAGUAACUUUGUAAAAGUUUUAUUUUCUUUAUCUAUUUUUAGAUAAUUAGUAAGUCAAGACACCUUUUCUUUUCUAAACCUUAACUGCUAAAAAAUUUACAUCAAAGUUUGAUCAAUUUAGUAGUUGUCCUUCUGAGGUGGACUCUGCACAGCAAAAUAAUGAUCUUUCUUGCCAUUUCAUUUAUUUAGAUGAAUAGAUGUUUUGUUUUUGCAAUAAAAAAACCCCCUUUCAUUUGUCAUGGUCCCCAUGGUAGUACGAAUAUUCAAGUUAAAAAAAAACCUUGUAUUGGCUUUCCAUAAAUAAUUAGAUACUAAAACUCCUUGUUAAUCAUAGGAUAAUCUAAUAUAUUAUCUUUUUAAAUGUUGUUUCAUGAGAUCAAACACCUUAUUAUUAAUUUAUACAACAUAUAAGGUGACACAAUAUUCCUAAAGAAUAUGCAGGACUUUGCAUAGCUUAUCUACUUAUUGAAGCCUAACAAUUUCUGAUAACCUAUAAGUUCUGAGAUGUAGGAAGAAUUAAUAUGAUAACUUAUAAGUGGAAGAGAGGUCAUUGGAGGAGGAUUGAUAUUGAUCAGCAAUGUCUAUUAGUACUAGACUACAAGUCUAGCUGACUUCAACAUGUAAUUUUAGUGUGGAUCAUAAUACUUUUCCACUUAAAGUUUUGUUUAAAAAAUUUGAUCAAUUGUUUGAAAUAAGAAAAUUUAGAUUUAUAAAGUAUGCAUGUCUCAAACCUUUUACCCUGUUAAUGCGGAUCCAUUCGGGUGGUGGUUGUGUUGAUUGUUGUUGUUGGGUUUAGUUUAUCAGGAAAACCAGGUUAUUCACAAGGUAACCGUAAACUCCUAAAUACCUGUUUAAUUCACAGAACAUACUUACAUGCUCAAGUAGCUAUUUACUUCCAAGUAGAUUUCCUUUUUAGUGCUUUAUCAAACUGUGUUUCAAUGUACAGUUGUUUUUAUUUUAAGGCUGCUAAAUCUAGAAAUAAAUGGCCGCAAAUCCCUACUCCGGGAUCCAACGGGCUAGGUUAAUCAAACAUUAAGGUUCCGAAAUGGAGUUACCUUGUGAAUAUUUGAUACUCUAGGAAUGCCUUGAAAUACUCCGUACCUAAUUGAAUAUUUUAUCUUUUUUUGAGAAAUCGGGCAAAGAAAGUUUUUUAAUUAAAGGAAAAUUAAUUCAUUAAUAAAGAGUCAUACGACAUCUACAAGAGAAAUAUAGAUCUAACAAAUACAUGACAAAUUGAAUCAAAUAAAGGUUUCCUUCAAGUUAAAGAAAGAUAAAUAGAUAACAGUGUACUGAUUAGCUUAUACAAGAACACCUAAGCUAUUUUUUAAAAGAAAAGGAAUUAUUUCUAGAAUUAGACUUAUGGGUGUGUCCAAAAGUUGAAUGAUUAAAAUAUUAGUAGAUGAGUUCAUCUGGACAUCUAUUUUCAAAAAUUUCAAGGAGGAGCAAGGCCAAUCAAUUAACUACAAGAUGUGGUAUUACCAAAUAAUGAAAUGGCUCUCAUCUGCACAAACAGCAAUAGUUAGAAGAUAAGCUGAAUGGGGCCCUCUGACCAAACAUGAUGGACAGUGAUUAGACAAAUUAUUAACGAUUCCAUCAUUCUAUAAUGCGUUCUUUGUUUGGCAAAACUAUCAUAUAAUGCGUUAUUUUAAUUUAUAAUAAUAGUAGUAAGUAUUUGAUAUAUUAAACUAGUUUAGUUUUUUAAUGUUAUAUUAAGCUAGCUAAAAGAGUUGCAUUUGCCUCAACUUCAAACAUUAAGAGUUCCUUGUUUUUUGAAAUAUAAAAGACCCCACUCAUAACAUUCUUAUUCUUCUUCUUCUUCCAUUUCUGCUGCUUCUGCCUGUAGUCCUGUAAUACUGUUUCAUCUUGUUAUAGUGCUCCCUUAUUUCUGAUCUACAAAAGAAUCAAUGGCUAUACAAGGUUGCUCCUUUUCACCCCAUUUCAUAUUUCACCAAUCUGCUCCCCUCAGAAAGCCUCUUUCUGGAAUGGUGAUGCUUAGAAAAACUGGGCUUCCUGUCAAGAAAACAACCAGAUUUCAGAUCACAUGCUGCAUAAAAGACCUGGUUUUUGAAGAUCAUUCAGCAGGUAUAAUUUGCUAUAAAAAUGACAGAGGAGAGAUUAUAUGUGAAGGUUUCGAUGAGGGUCCUCGUCUACAACCACAGUAUCCUUCAACACUCUUACCUUCAAGGCAAG